AUGGUAACCCUUCGUGCAGAUGAAAUUAGUAAACUUAUCCGUGAACGUAUUGAGCAAUAUAAUACCGAAGUAAAAAUUGUAAAUACAGGUACGGUACUUCAAGUAGGCGACGGCAUUGCUCGUAUUUAUGGUCUUAAUGAAGUAAUGGCAGGUGAAUUAGUAGAAUUUCAAGAUGGUACUGUAGGCAUUGCUUUGAAUUUGGAAUCCAAAAAUGUUGGUGUUGUAUUAAUGGGUGAUGGUUUGUUCAUACAAGAGGGAAGUUCGGUAAAAGCAACAGGAAGAAUUGCUCAGAUACCCGUAAGUGAGGGUUAUUUGGGUCGUGUUGUAAAUGCCCUAGCUAAACCUAUUGACGGUCGAGGAGAAAUUUCAGCUUCGGAAUCUCGGUUAAUCGAAUCUCCCGCUCCCGGUAUUAUUUCCAGACGUUCCGUGUAUGAGCCUCUUCAAACGGGACUUAUUGCUAUUGAUUCUAUGAUCCCUAUAGGGCGUGGCCAGCGAGAAUUGAUUAUUGGGGACAGACAAACAGGUAAAACUGCAGUAGCCACAGAUACGAUUCUCAAUCAACAGGGACAAAAUGUAGUAUGUGUUUAUGUAGCUAUCGGUCAAAAAGCCUCUUCUGUGGCUCAAGUGCUAACGACUUUACAAGAAAGAGGAGCAAUGGAAUACACUAUUAUAGUGGCUGAAACAGCAAAUUCUCCGGCUACAUUACAAUACCUCGCGCCUUAUACCGGAGCAGCUCUGGCUGAAUAUUUUAUGUACCGUGAACGUCACACUUUAAUCAUUUAUGAUGAUCUCUCCAAACAAGCACAGGCUUAUCGCCAAAUGUCUCUUCUAUUACGAAGACCACCAGGUCGCGAAGCUUAUCCCGGAGAUGUUUUUUAUUUACAUUCUCGUCUUUUGGAAAGAGCCGCAAAAUUAAGUUCUCAGUUAGGUGAAGGAAGUAUGACUGCUUUACCAAUAGUUGAGACCCAAUCAGGAGAUGUUUCAGCUUAUAUUCCUACUAAUGUAAUUUCCAUUACAGAUGGCCAAAUAUUUUUAUCUGCCGAUCUAUUCAAUGCUGGAAUCAGACCUGCAAUUAAUGUGGGUAUUUCCGUUUCCAGAGUUGGAUCCGCGGCUCAAAUUAAAGCCAUGAAACAAGUAGCUGGUAAAUUAAAAUUGGAAUUGGCACAAUUCGUAGAAUUAGAAGCUUUUGCACAAUUCUCUUCUGAUCUCGAUAAAGCUACGCAAAAUCAAUUGGCAAGAGGUCAACGAUUGCGGGAGUUGCUUAAACAAUCCCAAUCAGCUCCUCUCACUGUGGAAGAACAGAUAAUAACUAUUUAUACUGGAACGAAUGGUUAUCUUGAUUCAUUAGAAGUUGAACAAGUAAGGAAAUUUCUCGUUGAGUUACAGGCUUAUUUAAAAACAAAUAAACCUCAAUUCAACGAAAUCAUAUCUUCUACCAAGACAUUUACUAGCGAGGCAGAAGCCCUAGUGAAGGAAGCUAUUCAGGAACAUACAGAACUCUUUUUACUUCAGGAACAAGUAGAAAAAAAUUGA